AGUCCAUAAGAAGGUGGCAAAAACCCUACCCUAAGCGUCAGCCGAAAGUUGUAGCAUCAGAAGCAGAGCAGAGGCCGCAGCUAAAUCUCCUUUCCUUUCGGUCAAGUCUCCACUAGGGUUCGGAGAAGCUCACGAAAACUCAAAAAUGGCGUACGCUGCGAUGAAGCCUACGAAGCCCGGCCUGGAGGAACCUCAGGAGCAGAUCCACAAGAUCAGGAUCACUCUCUCUUCCAAAAAUGUCAAGAACCUCGAGAAAGUGUGUACUGAUUUGGUUCGCGGUGCGAAAGACAAAAGAUUAAGGGUUAAGGGACCUGUGAGGAUGCCCACCAAAGUUUUGCACAUCACCACCAGGAAAUCUCCUUGUGGUGAAGGUACUAACACAUGGGACAGAUUCGAGCUCCGAGUUCACAAGCGAGUUAUUGACCUCUUCAGCUCCCCCGAUGUGGUUAAGCAGAUCACUUCCAUUACAAUUGAGCCGGGUGUGGAGGUCGAAGUUACUAUUGCAGAUUCGUAAAUCUUCCCCAUUUUUACGCCUUGCCUUGUUCAACUAUUGUUUAGUUGAUGAUAAUGUUUCCCCUCUAUGUUCUACUGUUGGCAUAGUGUUAGCUAAGGAUAGCCUUUUCCGUUUUCAUUUUGUGCGGGUAAACUAUGUUGUAGUAAGGAAUUUUUGUUUUGCAGCUGUCUUAAUUUCAAAAUUUUCGAUGCUGUUAUUAAAUAUAGCAUUUUGAUUAAUUGAAUAGGUUUCAUUC